AUGAAGCUGUCUACUUGCUUGACUUUCCUCGUUGGCCUAGUAGCCGCUGCUCCAAGUGAGCUCCGGACUACAGCCAACGAUCUAGUCGAUGGGCAGGGCUUCUACUGUCCUCACGCAAUCUUGAUCUUUGCUCGUGGAUCAACUGAACAGGGAAACAUGGGCACCCUCGUUGGGCCUUAUCUUGCACACGGCCUCUCCACUCAAGUGAAGAGCCUUUGGAUCCAGGGUAUUGGCGGAGACUACACUGCCGACCUCGAAGAUAACUUUCUCCCCAAGGGAACUAGCCCUGAGGCUAUUGUUGAGGCAUACAAGAUGUUCAAUCUUGCUUACGACAAGUGCCCCGGUUCGCUCGUGCUGGUUGGCGGCUACAGCCAGGGAGCCGCUCUCCUUGCCGCGACCAUCCCCACUCUCGUCGGUCCAGCGCGCCAGCAGAUCAAAGGCGCCGUUCUCUUCGGCUACACCCAGAACAAGAAGAACGAUGGCCGAAUCCCCGAAUACCCCGCUGAUCGAACCAAGGUCUUCUGCAACGACGGUGAUGUGGUCUGCCAGGGUGUUCUCCAGAUCAAGACUCCCCAUCUCCUGUACAGCGCGGCCGCGCAGGGCGAGGGAGCCGACUUUCUGGCCAACAAGAUCUCCUACUAA